GGCUUUCACAAUCCAACAUACCUUUUCAUCAAAUGGAAUGCACUUUCUCUCAUCAAUUCACCUCCUCUCAAAUGUCUUUCUCUUCUUUCUUCCUAUGGCUCCUCAUCUUCUCUGUCAUCUCAUCUUGUGUUAAUGCCUUCACCGGAACUUAUGGAGUAAACUAUGGCAGGAUAGCAGACAAUAUACCACCACCCGAAAGCGUGGUGACACUUCUAAAAGCUGCUAAGAUUAAAAACAUUCGAAUCUAUGAUGCAGAUCAUAGUGUCCUUAAGGCCUUCAAAGGCUCUGGAAUAGAGAUCAUAGUGGGACUUGGAAAUGAAUAUUUGAAAGAGAUAAGUAUAGGUGAGGAUCGCGCCAUGAAUUGGAUAAAAGAAAAUGUGCAGCCAUUCCUUCCUGGAACUCGAAUUCGUGGAAUCGCUGUGGGAAAUGAAAUUCUGGGGGCCACUGAAAUGGAACUGUGGGAGGUUCUACUGCCUGCGGUGAAGAAUGUUUACAGUGCCCUUUACAGGCUGGGAUUGCAUAAAACAGUUGAAGUCUCAAGCCCACAUUCAGAGGCUGUGUUUGCUAAUUCUUACCCCCCAUCUGCCUGCGUUUUCAAGGAAGAUGUGUUGCAAUUUAUGAAGCCCCUUUUACAGUUUUUUUCCCAGAUUGGUUCUCCAUUUUACAUCAAUGCAUAUCCAUUUCUAGCCUACAAGAACGAUCCUGAGCAUAUUGAUAUUAAAUAUGCUCUUUUCCAGUCAAAUGCUGGUAUUCAUGAUGCAAAGUCUAAUCUACAUUAUGAUAACAUGUUCGAUGCUCAGGUUGAUGCGGCUUAUUUUGCGUUGGAAAAGGCCGGAUUCGAGAAAAUGGAAGUAAUAGUUUCUGAAACUGGUUGGGCAUCCCAUGGGGAUGCAAAUGAGGCAGGUGCUACUGCAAAAAACGCAAGGACUUACAACAAAAAUCUGAGGAAAAAGCUAUCCAAAAAGAAGGGAACCCCCUAUAAACCAAAGAUUCCUGUGAGGGUUUACGUCUUUGCAUUGUUUAAUGAAAAUCUGAAGCCAGGGCCAACAUCAGAGAGGAACUUUGGAUUGUUUAAAGCUGAUGGGAGCAUUGCAUAUGAUAUUGGGUUCACCGGACUUUUUCCUGCUUCAGCAGCCUCAUCCCUCGUGCCUUUCCGGGGUAUGGGAACUCUAGAAUGCCUCGGAUCAUCGAUUUUCACUUGUAUGGCAACGCUCAUCCUGAUGUUACGGUUAUGAUUUAGUAAAAAGGGUUGUGUCCCAGUUCCAUUAAUUUGAUUAUGAAUCAGUUAAGGGGAAGACUGAAAUGUAUAGUUGUAUCAGACCAGUAUACGGCUAACUUAAAUCUUUUAUUCUUGCUGAUGGAUUAUUUUUUUCUAGUCAUCUUCAGCAAUGUAAGCACCAUAUUCUUGUAAAGCAAAAAUAAUAAGAAAAUCACCCUUCAAUUGAAUC